AUGAGCUCUUCAGAGGACGACGCACCCCUCAUGCGCGUCAAUGGACGUGGUAAAGCUUCGCCAAAGUCUCCCGAGGUCGUCAAAAUGGCGGAUUCUAGCCCUGCCACAAACGGCCACGUUGAUCCUGGAAUAUCCAUCCGAUUCGGUCCUGUGGAAGACAAAGAUGUGAAGAUGGAAGAUCCAGAAGAUGCGCUGGGUGCCAGUAAGCGCAAGUCUCGGACUAGUGUUGGCGAAAAGAAGUCCUACGCGGAAGCAGAAAGCAGCGAAGAAGAUGAACCUUUGAGCAAACGCCGGCGUACAUCUGUGAAACAUGAAGACCCGGAGACGGAUGACGAUGUGCCCUUGGCGCGCAACGGACGCAAGCUUCCCAAAGCUGCCGAAACAUCCAUCGGGGAUGAAUCUGAUUCCGAUGUCCCCAUUGAACGGAAGCUCGCGGAGCAAAAGAGGAAGAUCGAACAAAUGGCGGAGAAGGAGACCAAAUCUGCGCGCAAACCUGCUGCACCAAAGAAGGAGGUCAAGCCUGCGGCAGCCAAGAAGCAGGCAAACGGCAUCAAGAAAGAGCCGGCUGCCACCAAAGCUGCUCCCAAGAAGGGCAAAUCCAAGGCCGCUGUGAAGGCAGAAAGUCAGGACGCCGAAGAAAAGGAAGAGGAGGAGGAUGAAUAUCGCUGGUGGGAAGAUCAAACCAAGGGCGAUGGAACCAUCAAGUGGACAACUCUGGAGCACAAUGGCGUGGUGUUCCCACCCGAAUACGAACCGCUGCCUAAAAAUGUGAAGAUGAAAUAUGACGGUGUUCCGGUCACUCUUCAACCUGAAGCUGAAGAAGUUGCUGGCUUCUUCGGCACCAUGCUUAACUCAACUCACAACGUGGAAAACCCUGUGUUCCAGAAAAACUUCUUCGGUGACUUCAAGGAAGUCAUCAAGAAGACUGGCGGGGCGAAAGAUCCUUCGGGCAACAAGAUAGACAUCAAGGAAUUUUCCAAAUGUGACUUCAAGCCUAUAUUCGAAUACUACGAGGCUCAGCGUGAAGAGAAGAGAAAUCUGCCACCAGCAGAGAAGAAGGCUGCUAAAGCUUUGAAGGAUGAGCAAGAAGCUCCGUACCAGUACUGUGUUUGGGAUGGUCGCAAGCAGAAGGUAGGCAACUUCCGCGUGGAACCGCCUUCUCUGUUCCGAGGCCGCGGUGAGCACCCGAAGACCGGACGUGUCAAGACGCGCGUGCAACCUGAGCAAAUCACCAUCAAUAUUGGCAAAGAGGCAAAGGUCCCGCCUCCACCUCCCGGCCACAAGUGGAAGGAGGUUAAGCAUGACCAGGAAGGUACCUGGCUUGCCAUGUGGCAGGAGAAUAUCAAUGGCAACUACAAAUAUGUCAUGUUAGCCGCCAAUUCCGAUGUCAAGGGACAAAGCGAUUUCAAGAAGUUCGAGAAAGCCCGUGAACUCAAGAAGCACAUUGAGAAAAUUCGCAAGGAUUAUCAGAAGAAUCUCAAACACGAUAUGAUGGUGGAACGGCAGAAGGCCACAGCAGUCUAUCUGAUUGAUCAGUUCGCCCUUCGUGCCGGAAACGAGAAAGGCGAGGACGAGGCUGAAACCGUCGGUUGCUGUUCUCUGAAGUACGAGAAUGUUACGUUGAAGCCCCCGAACACUGUCGUCUUCGAUUUCCUGGGUAAGGAUAGUAUUCGGUUCUACGAUGAAGUGCAAGUUGAUCAGCAAGUUUUCAAAAACCUAAAAAUCUUCAAAAAGGCACCCAAGAAGAAUGGCGAUGAAAUUUUCGACCGCCUUACGACUUCUGCCCUCAACAAGCAUCUUGCCAACUACAUGACAGGUUUAACCGCCAAGGUGUUCCGUACCUACAACGCGUCUUACACCAUGGGUUGUGUUCUCAACGAGAUGAAAGCUACUGGCGGUACGAUCGCCGAAAAGGUGAAAGCAUACAACGAUGCCAACCGUAAGGUCGCCAUCUUGUGUAACCACAAGCGUACCGUCACUGCUGGCCAUGCCAAUGCAAUGGAGAAGAUGACUGAACGGAUCAAGGGCCUCCGAUACCAGAAGUGGCGGCUGAAGCAGCAAAUGCUUGACUUGGACCCCACUCUGAAGAAAAAGAAGGGCGCGGCGUUCUUCGAAAUCGAUGAGGAUCUCGACCAAGAAUGGAUUAAAGAACACCAAACCUUUUUGAUUGAAGAGCAGAAAACCAAAGUCACCAAGAAGUUCGAGAAGGAGAACGAAAAGCGCGUUGCUGAUGGCGAGAAGGAAAUGAAGGCAUCCGAGCUUGAGGAACGUCUGCAAGUCGUGAAAGAGAUGGAGAAGAAGUUCAAGAAGGAGAACAAAACCGGCAAGGUCGAGGUCGAGGCCAAAGGCGCCACGGUUGAAAAGCUCGAGGGUUCCAUCACCAAGAUCGACCAGCGGGUCGAAACCAUGUCCGUCCAGGCUCAGGACAAGGAAGACAACAAAGAAGUUGCCCUUGGUACCUCGAAGAUUAACUACAUUGAUCCUCGCCUCACCGUCGUCUUCAGCAAGAAGUUCGACGUCCCUAUCGAAAAGUUCUUCUCCAAGGCGUUGCGUGAGAAGUUCGAGUGGGCCAUCAAGUCCGUUGAGGAGGACUGGGAAUUCUAA